CAGGUAGUAUUCACUAACAACAUUCACAAUGCCUGCUACACCGGUUCCACCGGUAACAAUGCCACCAGUGCCACCAGUUGGUUUUCCACCGGUCACCGCUCCGCCAGGACUUCAUCCACCACCACCAGUCCCACCGGUUCCGGUUCCGACUCUUCCUGUCACCUCGGAACACAAAACUGCUCACGAUGCGUGUAUUAAGCGACUCGAACAGCUUGAGAUUCCGCCGGAUCCGAAGAUCUAUCCUUCUCCAACCGAACCUGGAACUUUCGGUAGCGUGACUGAAGUCCUGACAAAUGUGUUUGGAGUCGAAGUACAUAAAACUUCCAACUUUUAUCAAUACAGUGUGCACAUCACUGCUGAACUUUCAUCGAAGAAAGAAGUAACUUUCACUAAAAAAGGAAAAGAAGACUUCAUUGUUCAUGACCGCCAUGAGAAGUGCAGUGCUAUUCUGUUCCACGCAUUGAACCGCUUUGAGGACUUUUUCAAGUCGUCUGAGAACUGCAUCAUCUACGAUGGACAGAGCAUUCUCUUCACCAGCAUGAAUCUUUUUGAAGGAAUUCCAACUGGAAAAAUUAAGACAAAAGUGUUUCAAAUUAACGGUGCGGACACCAACUUGAAAGACCUAAUGGUGCUGCCGUGUAUCAAACUGGAAGUUUUUCCUACCAAGAACCCAGUCGUGAAUUUCUCCCUGGAAGAUAUUGGAAGACGUACAUCGGAUUCUAACAUCGAGUCUGUCAAUAUGGCUUAUAAGCAGAUUCUCGAUCUCGCUAUGAGUCAGUACGCAAUUCGCGAAACCUCCAAAUGUGUAGUGUUCGAGCACGGAAAGAUGUUUUUCAUUAAUCCAUUGCAAGAAGGGUACGCUCCAUGCGACAUUGUGGAAGUUGGAGAUGGGAAACAAAUGAAACCGGGUCUCAAGAAAACCCUCCAAUUCAUUGAGGGUCCAUACGGACGUAACCAGAAUAACCCAUCGAUUGUCAUUGACGGAAUGAAGGUGGCAUUCCAUAUGGAGCAACUCGUUUUCCAAAAAUUGUCAUCGAUCACAUCCAAUCUGGCUAACGGAAUCACUGGAUCCGAAAGAGAACGAUGUGCAGCUGUCAUCAAAGGACUUGACUGUCAUUCAAACUAUAGAGGACGCACACGUCAUCACAAAAUUGAAAGCAUUCAUCACGAAGGAGCCGCAACUGCCAGAUUCGAGCUCGAAGGUGGUGGUACUUGUACCGUUGCCACCUACUUCAAGGAUAAAUAUAAGAUUCAACUUCGCUAUCCGAACGCCAAUCUCAUCGUUUGUAAGGAAAGAGGAGCUCUCAACUUCUAUCCCAUGGAGUUGAUUACUAUCAGUCCAAAUCAACGUGUUAGAAUCACUCAGCAAACAAGUUCUCAAAGUCAACGAACCACAAAAGAAAGUGCAGUGUUGCCAGACAUUCGCCAACGUUUGAUCAUGACGGGAAAGAUUGCAGCGAAGAUCACAGCUGAAAACGAGGUGCUCGGUAAAAUGGGAGUGACUGUUUGCGAUGAGCCUCUUGUGGUGAAAGGGCGAAACCUCCCGGCCAUUAGGUUGGCUUCAUUUGAAACGGGUGAACAUCUCAUCAAUCCAAGAGAUUGCAAAUGGCGCCCACAACGCUACAACCGUUCAGCUGUGGCUCCGAAAGUAUGGGCGUUGUACGGCGUGGGGUCGCCGGGAUCACAAAUGAAUCGCGACGUUAUGAGACGUUUUUGUGACGAGUUCAUGAAUAUGAGUCGUUCGAAAGGAAUUCUGUUUCCGCCACCUGGAGACGUCAAUCUUCUCACCCCUGAUGCUAUCGAAAAUCGUUUGCGUGAGGCUGCGAAUGCUGGAUGCACUUUUGUUCUGUGCAUCACUGAAGACAAUAUCACUUGCUUGCAUCAAAAAUACAAGUUCAUCGAGCAUCAUACUCAGAUGAUUGUUCAGGAUAUGAAGUUGUCCAAGGCUUUGAGCGUCGUCAACGCAUCAAAGAAACUAACAUUGGAGAACGUUAUUAACAAGACCAACGUGAAACUAGGAGGGUCCAACUACGUUUACCUCGAUACGAAGAACUUCCUUCAAGAGCAUCUGAUCAUCGGCGUUGGUAUCUCCAGCCCACCACCUGGGACCAAGUACAUCAUGGAAAGCAGAGGAAUUCUCAAUCCGACUAUUGUGGGUUUCGCAUACAAUGGAAAUGGGAAGCAGGAGUUUAGUGGAGAUUUCGUAUUGAACGCUGCUGGUCAAGAAACCAUUGCACCAAUUGAGGAUAUCGUCUCCUAUUCAAUCAAAGGAUAUAAGAAGUUCCACGAUGGCAAAGCGCCAAAGCGCAUCACAAUCUACCGAAGUGGCUCCAGCGAAGGAAAUCACGGACCAAUCAUCUCCUAUGAAGUUCCUCUUGCUCGUGUUGCCAUGAGAAACUUUUCGCCGGACACUCAAUUGCUUUAUAUCGUGGUCUCGAAGGAGCACACCUAUAGAUUCUUCAAGAAAGAGUCUGGUGGAUCUUCCAGCGGUGGAUCUAACAGCGCUGGCGCAAGCAAUUCUGGCACAUUGACUUCGGCACCGCCAAAACCAUGGGAGCUCAAUAUUGGUCCAGGACUUACCGUUGAUUAUGGUGUUACCAACCCAGCAUGCAAGCAGUUCUUCUUGAACUCGCACAUGACUCUUCAGGGAUCGGCAAAGACCCCGCUCUAUACUGUUCUUGCUGAUGAUCGUAAUAUUGGUAUGUCGGCAUUGGAAGAAUUCACCUUCAAUCUGUGUCACCUCCAUCAAAUUGUCGGACUUCCCACGUCGAUUCCAACGCCACUGUAUGUUGCAAAUGAAUACGCGAAGAGAGGGCGUAAUUUGUGGAAUGAAGCCAUCAAUGCUAAUGAAAUUCCCGAGGUUACUGGACCAGAAUCAGCUCGUUUGAAGAAAAUGACCGAUGGCAUCAGCUAUAUGGGCUCCGGCGACAUGAUCGACCGCCGUGUCAAUGCUUAAGCACUCACCCGAAGAUCAAGUUGUACCAUUUUUUAAUCCAACUCAUCUUUUGUAUCAAUUUUUUUAUUUGUAUCCCACUAUGUCUUUAAUGCUAUAUCUUAUCUAAGUGGUACAUAAUUGUUCAAUAAUUGUUUUAUUCCCCCCGCCCUCUGUUCCCCAUUGUUCUGGCUCAUCCUACGUGCAGCUUGUCAAUCUUCGGCAAUGAUUACAAGUCGUUCAUAGGUUAUAGCCAUUGUUGUUUUGUUAAGUUGAGCAUGUAAUGCUUUUGUUAUGGUCUCCCGGAGACAAUAAAAUUUUAAAAUCC